GCCUGGCGGACUCGCUCGCUUCACGGCGGUGUGAGGAGUUGAAGUUGUCGUGGCUAAACACGAGUGUGUGGUCACUGAUAUACAGGUGGGAUAUACGCGGGGUGGCAGCACACGGGAUACUGGUCACAGAGCGGUCUCACCUUGAGCUGGAUCAAACUAUCGGAACACAGGGGGAUGAGGUAACCGGCUGGCAGAGACACAAGAGCAGAUAAUGGCAGGGGACAAGCACGACCACCACGGCAAGAAGCCCGUGAAGGGGGGACGGGUCCAGCCCACGCACCACGGUCAUCACCGCAGACCCAGUGGUUCCAAAACAAAAUCAACCAAAGCGAACAAAACCGAGACUGAACCAAACCUUAAACCAAAGGCCCCACAGAUCGAGACUCCCCCAGACAAUGGAGUCGGCAACGUUGACAAUGACGCCGAUUCCCGGCAGGAGGAACAGGUGUUUCAGAACGGGGAGGAACGAAUCCUUCUUGCUCGCAACGAUGACAGCAAUAUGGACGAUGACGUCAUGUCCACUAAGAGCGCAGACGACAGGCCGACUUCCGGUGUGAGCCUGGCGGUGGAGGAUGAGACUGGGCGCACGACCCCGUAUCACCACAGGUAUAACGAUAACUUUGAUAUCAAGUCCUUCAACAGCAGCAUCGGGGACUUCUUGGAGGUGUUUUCCGAGCCACGGUACCAGGAGGUGGAUUCCGACUACCCCGUGGACGACCUCAUCUCCGUCGUGUCCAUGGUGUCAGCCAGUAUCGAGGAGUUCAAGACGUACACGUCGGACUCACAGCGGCAGCUGGAGGAUCUGCGGGACAAGAUGAGGACGGUGAAGGAGAACAUCCACAUGAGCGUCACCAGGCAGGCCUUCGACAUCAAGUCAGAUGAAGAGUUACAGACUGUUGAAGAGAAGGAACUGAGCCACAAACUCACGUCACUUAACGCCGCCGUUGCCAAGGCCAACGCGGAGGUAGCGGAGGCUGUGCGUCUUUCCGCCGAGACUGAAAGUACCGCAGUGAAGGCUGGGAUAGCUGCUGAUAGGGCCAGAGAGGAGGCCAAGAGAAUACAAGAAGAAAUAGAGUUGCGCGCACGGAUGGAGGCUGAGAAGAAGGCCGAGGAAGAGAAGAGGAAGGAGGAAGAAGAGAGGAAGCGGGAGGAGGAGGAGAGACUGGCGGAGGAGGAGAAGCGGGCCAAGGAGGCGGAGUGGAGGAAGAGGGAAGCCAGCAAUCUGGAGAAGAACCCCUGGGAGAAGUGGCCAGUGAAUGAGUACGACGUCGGUAACUCCCCAAGUGACAUCUCCGUGGAGUGUAUCAUUCGGGGUCAUCCGGCCCGCUUUGACCGGAAUGACGUAACACUUGACCUGGUUGACCUGGACAAUCUGGACGUCACAUACGGGCCACAUGAGGAGCUGAUUAGUCACGUGGUCAAGCUGAAGUCACCCAAGGGCGACGACAACGACUUGGAGGAGGCGCUGUACGUUGCCCUGCCGCACCUGUUGACCCGAGCGUCGGCUGCGUCACGAGAGGCCGUCAUCAAGGCGGAGAUAGACGGCCAGUGGCGGGAACUCCCGACAAGGGAGGUAACCUUUGAAAACCAUAAGGAUCUGAAGUUCUCUCAAGCUGAAGUGAAAAAUCUUACGACGCUUCUCGUAAUGUCACGAUUCAAACGAGACUUUGUGACGUUAACAAAGCGGUCAGCAAAAGUGAUGUCAUCGUACGACCAUCGGGUAACAAUGGUCAUACCACGUGACACCUUCUUUGGCAAGGAACAUUUCUUAAUGCAGGUUCAGCCAGUAGAUUCUGCCUCAGUUCAUGACUUCCGGUUGCGGGAUGCGCGUGCGAAGGGUUUGCUGACAUCCAGUCCGGUCGUAUACAUGGACUGGGAGACGAACGAGCUGCAGAAACCCAUCUCUGUCAGCUUGCCCUGUCCUCCCAACCCCGCCAAGGCGAAGAAACUCGCCCAGAUCCGGAAGCUGAAGGAGGAGAAGAUGAAAAACCCUGUCCGCGUCGUCCCUGUCACCAUCGAGGAGGAAGAGAGGGAGAAGGAGAGGAAGAGGCUGCAGAUGGCCGAUGGGGAGGAGAAGAAACAGGGCCACAACAAAUGGUACAUGGGCGAGUACGGAGCUUCAGAUGAUGACGAGAAUGACCUGCUGUUCUUCCUGUCCCACGCUUACGGACGAUGGUCAGUGCAACCAGACGUCGCCAUAUCCCAGGCUAAACUUGACCUGUUGACCUUUGCCAUUACCAAGCCAUACGACAGGUUCAUGGUGAUCCGGACCAGAGCCAAUAUUGUGGAUGAGAUGGCUGUUUCCAUAGCAACAGGACUCCACGACUACCUCUCAAAGAGAUAUGUCCAGAUCGUGAUGAAACAAAGAUCAGAGGACGCCUUUGACGCCGUGCUGCACGUGACCCCUGUCAACAAGGUGGACAAACUGUUGACCAAGCUGGGCGACGAGGGGUUCGGGGAGGGACCGACUGCCAGCCAAGUCCUCAGCAUCUCUGAGGGCGACACUGUCGAGGUCACAUUUCGCGGCAACAUCACCUCCAGCGACGACCGACCUCUCGAGGUCCAGUUUAACUCCAAUGUAUCGUCACACGUGCAGUUCACACUGACGGAGGUGGACAAGUACCUUCAGAAGAACUUCCCCGUGUAUAGGGGCGUAGUGCAGGUGUACCGGAAGUACACGGUAGUUCCGGCGGAAGUCCGGUCCAUCACGCGGAAGGUUUCUGACGACGAAGCGAAACAGGGACCGGAGGUGAAGAGGGAUCUGCUGUGCGAGCUGCUGAUAAGCAUUCCGAAGUACCACAUUGAGCCGUGUCCAUUGCCAGUCAAAGCUCCAAUCACAAUCCACAACACACGUGACCCAGUGAACGAGGACUACAUGCACAGCCUGGCGGCAGAGCUGGGCGAGGAGUGGCGGAAGGUGGCGCACUAUCUGAACGUGCAGCGCGUGCGGAUCCAGGCAAUACUGCGCCACAUGCAGCUCGGGGAGAGGUCGGACGCGGACGCCAAGUUCGACAUGCUGAUGACGUGGCUGAAGAGAGCGCCAAAGUCGAGUGACAAGGUGGCCAUAUUGUCAACGGCGUUGAUCAAGAGCGGAAGGGAGGACCUGUCAGACCAGAUCCGCACCCGCCAGAGGGAGUACCGGGAACAACAGAUUGGAAGCCGCUGAUUGGUCGGCUCCGUGACGUCAUACAUAACAACGCCCACGCACUCGGAAGAACCAAUCACAGCACCAUUUAUUCAUGCGGGACUGGAAGAUGAUAUAAUUGACACCAUUGUGACAAGCUACACAUAUACUCUUAUUUAUAUUUUGCUGAUAGUUCCACAGACUGUAUGUCAACAGAAUCACCGGAUCCUGUUUAGGACACCGGAUCCUGUUUAGGACACCUGGUGGUCAGCACUUUCAGUACAUACAUUUACCCCAUACCGACGUAGCUCAACGUUCAGACAGUCAACCUCCUGUAUGAAGCCUGGUAUUAUCUAACGUCAUUGAUGUAGUGUACAACAAUAUAUAGUAGAGAUUACAGGUUGAUAUUGACGAAUGAAGCAAUAUUCUAUGUCCAGGUGCCUUGUAACUGUUUAGGUUAUUCCCACUAACCUGUCCCGCAAUAACAACCUUGUGAUAUACGCCCUUCAGUAUAUUCUGAGCCAAAACUUAGGGUCAGCACACAUUUACGGAAACAGUCUUCACAACAAAAACAGUAUCACCCAAAAUAUAUAUGAUCCCUUUUUUUGUGUGUUCAGUAUCACUCUUUCGUAAAUGUGGCUCUAACACAUUAAUACCACCAAUUAUUUAUAAAAGCAUUAAAUCUAAAUGGAUGUGAAGGAUCCAAAUGGAUGGAUGUGUCUCCGAAUGCACAUGCAGUUGCAUAACACGGAGUAUAUUAUGUCAAUUUACAUACAAAACGAGCCCGCCAAUUAUUCCAAACAUUAAGCGUACAGACAGUCAGGAUGUUGUGUACAGCCACCACACUGUACAGAGUAACAGGGACGAACGCUGUACGAAACUUUUGUAGGACUAAAUUAUUAGCAACAUACCUAAUGCUACUCAAAAUCCAUUAUGUUGGCGACUGCUAAUGUGAAAUGCUAUUCGUGGCAUUGAUUGAUUGUAGAUGUGUAGUCAGGGUUAACUCUCUGAUCCUGCCUGUAUUUAUAUUACCAACAUAUCAUAUAUCAGUAUUUCCUUUGAAUAUAACUUUAUUUGCAUGGAUCGGAGACGUAAUAUUCGUGUUAUCCAGCUGUAUGAAUACUGUCUUUGUGUAGUCGUAGUGUACAGGAUUACGGUGGUGUGUCUCUACGUAUUAUAAACUGACGGGCACUGAUACAAGCUGGAACAUUGACAUGAAUGUCUAAAGUUUAUUACAUAAUAUUAUAUUACCGUUCCUGAUGAAACACCAACGCUUAAAUCGAAGACUCAUUCCGACAAAACAACCAUUGGUGUAAACAUACACACAUGUACACGUCGACUACAUCCCCGAUACACCAAGACACCCGCCCUGAACUGUGUCCGACACGCACACGACACUUACACCUUCAUCUAGAAUUCCGUCCUAAACUAUGUCCGACACACACACAACACUUACACCGUCAUCUAGAAUUCCGCCCUGAACUGUGUCCGACACACACCUGACACUUACACCGUCAUCUAGAAUUCCGUCCUGAACUGUGUCCGACACACACACAACACUUACACCUUCAUCUAGAAUUCCGCCCUAAACUAUGUCCGACACACACACAACACUUACACCGUCAUCUAGAAUUCCGUUCUCAACUGCGUCCAACACACACAAGACACUUACACCGUCAUCUAGAAUUCCGUUCUCAACUGCGUCCGACACGCACACGACACUUACACCGUCAUCUAGAAUUUUAUCAACUGUGUCCGACACACACACAACACUUACACCGUCAUCUAGAAUUCCGUUCUCAACUGCGUCCGACACACACAUGACUUUUACACCGUCAUCUAGAACUCCGUUCUCAACUGUGUCCGACACACACACAACACUUACACCGUCAUCUAGAAUUUUAUCAACUGUGUCCGACACACACACGACACUUACACCGUCAUCUAGAAUUCCGUCCUGAACUGUGUCCGACACGCACACGACACUUACACCGUCAUCCAGAAUUCCGUCCUCAACUGUGUCCGACACACACACGACACUUACACCGUCAUCUAGAAUUCCGUCCUGAACUGUGUCCGACACACACACAACAUUUACACCGUCAUCCAGAAUUCCGUCCUCAACUGUGUCCGACACACACACAACACUUACACCGUCAUCUAGAAUUCCGUCCUGAACUGUGUCCGACACACACACAACAUUUACACCGUCAUCUAGAAUUCCGUCCUGAACUAUGUCCGACACACACACGACACUUACACCGUCAUCUAGAAUUCCGUCCUGAACUGUGUCCGACACACACACAACACUUACACCGUCAUCUAGAAUUCCGCCCUGAACUGUGUCCGACACGCACACGACACUUACACCGUCAUCCAGAAUUCCGUCCUUAACUAUAUCCGACACACAGACAACACUUACACCGUCAUCUAGAAUUCCGUCCUGAACUGUGUCCGACACACACACAACACUUACACCGUCAUCUAGAAUUCCGUCCUGAACUGUGUCCGACACACACACAACACUUACACCGUCAUCUAGAAUUCCGCCCUGAACUGUGUCCGACACACACACGACACUUACACCGUCAUCUAGAAUUCCGUCCUGAACUGUGUCCGACACGCACACGACACUUACACCGUCAUCCAGAAUUCCGUCCUGAACUGUGUCCGACACGCACACGACACUUACACCGUCAUCCAGAAUUCCGUCCUGAACUAUGUCCGACACGCACACAACACUUACACCGUCAUCUGCCUGUCCACACUCACUGUAUUACAACAUCAAGGCUUUCUGUGAUCCGUCUUUAUCAUUGACAUAUGCAAUAAACUGUUAAUGCAUCA